GAUCAGGUUUGUUCAUGAUGAGAUUGGUCGAUGUUACUUGUUGCUAGAGACCUGUAGUUCUCCAGGCUUAGAGAUGAGUACAGGAGAAGGUGAACAGGAGAAUACUACAACCUUCUCCAGGACCACGUCUCUACCAGUAGAACCCACAAGCAGGUUAAAUACAGACUCUCCACCUGCCUACAGUCCUGCUCCAGGAGAAGAUAUUGUUACAGACGCAACAUUUAACAAAGAUCCUCGGAAGAGUAAUGACGGACUACUCCUGGCUCCAGGAUUGAUCAAUCCCUUUCUCGGGAUUAGAAGAAAGGAUACAAGUACAGGUAUAUUUGAAAACCUGGGAGUUAUAGAUCUACCCUUCAACCUGGAUAUCGCAAAGAAGAGCCUAACCUCAACCAUUUCAGCUCUCUACGCUAUGAUGCUGAUAGUUUCUUGCCUGGUUUUUGUCUCUACUGAAGUUAUCACAGAGAAGGUUCCGAUGGACUUUUUCGAAACUAAAGGGUUCUAUACCUACCUGUAUCUUGGGUCUAUAAUCUUCAUGUUCUACAUCUUCUUCUACGUUCUCAGAGUCAAAGUUACAGGGAAGGAGCGUGAUACGACCCAAGAUGAGGUGGACGAAUUUAUCCGAAAGAUGAAGAUUGCUACAGGGAUGGAUGUGAAGGAGGUUGUAGGUAGACCUGGAGACACAGGAGAUACAAGACGUCUAGCAGUACAGUCCGGAGCUCGGAGAUCUGGUUCAACCAUGAUACCAGGACAGAAGAGAGAGAAGGAGAUGCUGGUUAAACUAAUGACGUCAGAGAAUGAGAAAAGUCAUGGAAGUAUGAUGCUGAGGAUGGGAGCUAUUGCAUUCGGUCUGGGCACCUUAAUUUACACUGGGUUAGGUUAGUUUUUAAUAUUACAU